UUACGUGAGAGGAGUUUGUGGGAGGAAGCCCGGGGACUCCAGCAACUGCAACCUUCUCGUUCCUUCGAAAUACCAGUUCUACUCGCUCUCUCUCACCAUGGAAGUUCCAGUGGGAUCCAUCUCCGAGACUGGAUCGUGAUUUUGGUAACAUCGGGCUAGAAAAAGACAAUAACGUGGUCAAGACAUGAGCCAUGGGCGGGAUGAAAGGUAUGGUGAACAGGUUUUUUCUAAUGGGGACAUCUAUAUUGGAUACUUUGAUGGUCUACUUCCUCAUGGGCAUGGAAAAUAUACAUGGUCAGACGGAGCAACAUUUGAAGGUGAAUGGGAGAAUGGCAAGAUAGCAGGAAAAGGAUGGGUCUUUUGGCCAUCAGGGUCUAUAUAUGAUGGUGAGUUCUGUGGAGGUUUCCUUCAAGGAUGUGGUACCUUUUCCAGUAUUGAUGGCUCCGUUUACAAAGGAUCAUGGAGAUUGAAUACACAACACGGUCUAGGAACAAAAAGUUAUCCUAAUUCAGAUAUUUAUGAAGGUUUAUGGAGAGAAGGACAACAGGAAGGUAUUGGAAAGUAUACCUGGUGUAAUGGAAACAUGUAUGUUGGCAAUUGGAAGGCAGGAAGGAUGAAUGGUAGAGGAGUUUUGAAGUGGGCAAAUGGUGACUUGUUCAAUGGCCAUUGGUUGGAUGGAUUGGAACAUGGCACAGGUUAUUACUACUUUGCAGAUGGGUCAUGCUAUCUGGGUACCUGGAGUAAGGGGCUGAAGGAUGGACGGGGAACAUUUUAUCCUGCUGGAAGCAGACUUCCGCUUCAGCAAAAGUGUUACAAGUCUAAUUUUUGUUGUGAGUGGGCAAGAUAUCUUUGUCCUUCUGCAUUAAGAAAAUCUGAAAAUGACAAAAACGAGCUUACUUUAAUAAGAAGAAACACUGAUAGUUGUAAAGUAAGGAGUUUGUUCGGGCAUUCUGGACGAAUAUCUAACAGAACGACAUCAUUUGAUGGUUAUUCUGAUUCUAGAGUUUCCUUUGGAAGCAUUCCAUUAAAAGACAACUGUGUUAGACUACCCUGUGAAUCAGUUGAAGGUGAAAAUGAGCUUCAAAAUGACAUCAAGGUUGCUUAUGAGAGGGAAUAUAUGCAAGGGGUCUUAAAAAUGGAGAGGAUUGUAAAUCAACAAACGUCGAAACCUGAAAGAAAUAAAAGGCUCCACAAAAUUCAAAAGAAGCCUGUAGAGGUCCGUAGUGAAACAAUUUACAAAGGUCACAGGAGUUAUUUUCUGAUGUUGAACUUACAACUUGGGAUUAGGUAUACAGUUGGAAAAAUUACUCCUGUACCAGUUCGUGAAGUUCGUUCCUCUGAUUUUGGACCCUGUGCAAGGAUAAAAAUGUAUUUCCCUAGAAAAGGGUCUCAGUUUACACCUCCACACUACUCUAUUGAUUUUCAUUGGAAAGAUUACUGUCCAAUGGUAUUUAGGAAUCUACGUGAAAUGUUUAAGAUAGAUGCUGCAGACUAUAUGGUCUCUGUAUGCGGGUGUGAUGGUCUAAAGGAGCUUUCUUCCCCAGGAAAAAGCGGGAGCAUAUUUUAUCUUUCUCAGGACGAAAGAUUUGUCAUAAAGACACUUAGGAAAACUGAACUGAAGGUUCUACUGAAAAUGCUCCCCAAGUACUAUGAUCACGUUGGAGCUCAUGAUAAUACACUCAUAACAAAAUUUUUUGGGCUGCAUAGGAUCACAAUAAAAUGUGGACAAAAGGUCCGAUUUGUUGUGAUGGGAAAUAUGUUUUGCACUGAACUUCGCAUUCAUCGCCGGUAUGAUCUAAAAGGUUCAUCUCAUGGAAGAACAACAAGGGCUGAUAAGAUUAACGAGAACACCACUCUCAAAGAUCUUGAUCUGUCUUACGUUUUUCAUUUGGAGAAAUCCUGGCGUGAGUCACUUUUCAAACAAAUAUCUCUGGAUUGCAUGUUUCUAGAAUCACAGUGUAUUAUCGAUUAUAGCAUGCUUUUGGGGCUGCAUUUCAGAGCGCCCGAAUGUUUGAGGCCAACCUUAGAAUCUGAAAACAGAAAUCAAUAUCUCAGUUCGGCUACUGAUAAUUUUGGCGCAUCUAGGCAGGAUGACUUAAUAAUUCCUCCAAAGGGCUUGCUCUUGGUUGCUCACGAACCUGAAUCUGUGAGCAGCAUGCCAGGCUCGCAUAUUAGGGGCAGCACAUUAAGGUCAUCUGCAGUUGGUGAUGAAGAGCGAGAAGUUGACCUUCUUCUGCCUGGAACCGGAAGGCUCCGGGUGCAGCUCGGGGUGAACAUGCCGGCUCAAGCUAACCAAAAGCUACUUCAUGAAGGGGGUCCUGAUUCUCCUGAAGUUGAUCUCUUUGAGGUAUAUGAUGUUGUUCUCUAUCUUGGUAUCAUAGACAUACUGCAAGAAUAUAACUUAACAAAGAAAGUGGAGCAUGCCUGUAAAUCACUGAAACAUGAUCCCCUCACCAUCUCUGCUGUAGAACCCAAACUCUAUUCCAGACGUUUCUUUAGUUUUUUGGAGAAAGUUUUCCCUGAACAGAUUUGAGAUUUACUACAACCUUACUGUAUCAUGAUUCAGUUUGCUGGUUCCUGUAAAAGAAGAUGAAGAUAUUGAUUUAUUGUUUAUUCAAUUCAGGUUUAGUUAUUUAUUU